UUUGAUGAUAUUUGUCGUUUGUUGGUAUUUGUCGCCCGGUUUUUACUGUGCAAAGAGUCUCAGCUGCCUGCUGGAGGGAGGGCUUGAAACUCUUGCCAUGGCCAACACUUCCUUGCUUUUCUACUACUUCGGUCACCGGCGAUUCUCCCCUUCAUUCAGGUCAUUCUUCUUCAUACCCACUUGCUUAGCUCUCUUUACUUCUCUCUUCAUUCUCUUUUAUAUCUCUACUACCUCUAAUCUCUUCUCCGGUCAACUUCACCCUUCCGCUCUUCUCCUGAAACCCCAUCUCCCGUCUGGGUCCUCAUCAAAUACUCAGGAAACCAUCCCUGCUCUAUUUCACAAUGAUUCUACAACCCCACUUAUGCAUUUCCCCUCGGAGAAGAAUGAUGAUGGUAGAAAUGAAAGUCAACGGUUUUCCAAACUUCAAUUGGGCUCUAAUGGAAUCUAUGUGAAUAAUGAGGUGUUCCAUGAUAGAGAUAUUUUUAUGGAAGACUAUAAAGAAAUGAAUAGGAGCUUUAAGAUAUAUGCUUACCCUCACAGGCAAAACGAUCCGUUUGCGAAUGCGCUCUUGCCCGUGGAUUUUGAGCCUAGGGGUAAUUAUGCCAGUGAAAGUUACUUUAAGAAAGUCCUCAUGAAAAGCCACUUCAUCACAAAGGAUCCAACAAAAGCAGAUCUUUUCUUUCUGCCUUUCUCCAUUGCAAGGUUGCGCCAUGACCCUAGAAUUGGAGUAGGAGGAAUCCAGGAUUUCAUCAGAGAUUACAUCUCUAAUAUAAGUCGCAAGUAUCCAUAUUGGAAUAGGACUGGUGGAGCUGACCAUUUUUAUGUUGCUUGUCAUUCCAUUGGACGGUCAGCAAUGGAGAAAGCAGAGGAAGUGAAAUUUAAUGCUAUUCAAGUUGUCUGCUCUUCGAGCUAUUUCCUUUCUGGGCACAUUGCUCACAAGGAUGCAUCUCUGCCUCAAGUUUGGCCUAGACAAGGAGAUCCUCCUGGAAUUGCUUCAUCAAAAAGGAAGAAGCUUGCAUUCUUUGCUGGAUCAAUCAACUCCCCUGUCCGUGAAAGGCUUCUUCAAGUUUGGAGAAAUGACACUGAGAUUUUUGUCCAUUUUGGCCGGCUCACAACACCUUACGCUGAUGAGCUACUGGGGAGCAAGUUCUGCUUCCAUGUCAAAGGCUUUGAAGUAAACACAGCACGCAUCGCGGAUUCAUUAUAUUAUGGAUGUGUCCCAGUUAUUAUUGCUAACCAUUAUGAUCUUCCAUUUACAGACAUUUUAAACUGGAAGAGCUUUUCAGUUGUUGUUGCCACUUUAGACAUUCCAUUACUUAAGAAAAUCCUUCAUGGAAUAAGUUCUGAAAAAUAUCAGAUGUUGCAAAAAAAUGUGUUGGAGGUGCGAAACCAUUUCCAGUGGAACCUUCCCCCAGUUGAUUAUGAUGCUUUCAACAUGGUUAUGUAUGAAUUGUGGCUUCGACGAAGUUCUGUCAGGAUUCCUUAGCCUGCUUCUAUGGUUCCUAAUAAAAAAGCAUACAUCUUUCUCUUCA